AUGCGAUCUGCCGCUCUUGGGUCAGCAAGCGCUCCAGCUCUGACAGAUCCAACUCGUGACGCUGAGAUUGAGGCAAUGAAGGCACAACUUCGCCAAAUCACGUCAAAAAUUCAUCGACCAACAAGCGCGGUUCCAGAGAUCGAUCGUAUUAUCCAGGAAACACAAAAGACACCUUUCACCCCAUGCAUUGCAAGCACACCUGUUUGGCAAUUAGAAAAGCUCAAGAUCAAGAUUUACGAAGGCGACAGUGACCCACGCCAUUUCCUGACCUCGUUCGGAAUCUGUAUGAACCGAUACCAAUUCCGGACUACUGAAGAAAAGGAUGCGGUCCAAUGCCAACUGUUUGUUGAAGGCCUCGGUGGAAUAGCUCUUGAUUGGUUCUCCCGACUCGAGGCGAACUCAAUAAACAACUACAAGGAGCUAGCCACAGCAUUUGUCAAGCACUUCUCAAUGUUUAUCGAACAUAACACAAAGAAUUCUGAACUAUGGCAGAUCGCUCAAGGAGAAAACGAAAGCUUGCGUGACUUCAUUCAUCACUUUAAAACGGUGGUCGCCCACUGUACAAUGAGCGAUGAAGCUGCUCUCCUAUGUCUACAAAAAAGAGCUCAGAUCAAAACAAAGGACACGUUGCACCGAGCUAACACAUACAUAGCAGAAGAGGAGGAGGAAGCUGCCCACGACCGGAAUUAUACGCCAAAACAGAUCGAGUACAAGGAGCGACCCAAAACUGAUGCAUAUGAGCAUCAGUCAGGUUACGGCAGAGGGUAUGAGAACCGUAAAAAGUUCUACACCAACACCAUCAAUGUGGUCCAGCAACCGGAAAAGCAAUGGAACAAGUAUUACCGGACUGACGAGGAUGACUCUUUGUUUUGCGAGUUCCACAACCGCAGAGGUCACAGCACUGAGGAAUGCAGACAUCUGAAAGAAUACCUUCUCGCGCAAUACCAAAAAUGGCAAAUCUCGCUUGACGACCUCCGCCGUUCAACCACACAAAGAAGCAGAUCACCCUGA